UGAGAUAACUUUGACUCCAUAGCAGGCCUCUUUAUUCAAGCUGUUGUAGGCUAGAUUUGGUUAAUUUGUCCCAGGGAUUUGAGACUUCUUUUGGGAUGUUUAGGGAGUCCAAGAAUUAGACGUUUAGUUAGGCCUACAGUGCAUAUUCAAUUGUGUCACUAUCAACAAAACACAAAAGGGAGGCACCAAAUAUCUCAGCUGCAAGUAAUCUGGUGUAUUUGACACAUAUGUUGCCCUGAUGUACAGUUCAUCACUGUGUAACUAUACUCUUCUAUUGGUCAGACAGAUUUGGUUGUCAAACACUAUCCACUGCAGCAGAAUGCAGCACAAAUAUAUUGUCAUUUCCAAAAUAUUGCAUUUCUGUAGUGAAAUACUGAAAAGUGCAGUAGUGUGUAAUGCAAUGCAGUUUAAUAAUGUCUGAAAUAUCGGAUAACGUGCAUAUAACUGCACGAAUGAUUUGUCCCAAACGGCAGUUUUGACAUUUGAAGUUGUGCAGCUGUGUUUUGUAAAGACUGAACCAUAAAAAUGAUGAGAGAAGAUUUAACUGUUGAUUAGAUGCUGCUUGACUAUGUCUCUCCUUUAAAGUGUCACUAUACUUUUGUGCAACAUGACAGGCUGUCUCAGUACACUCAGCUGGCUACAAUAACAACAUACUGGAGCUUUUGGGGAAAUGCAUCUGGGUGGGCUGUUCGGGCAACAUGGACGAGAGUGACCUGAUGGGCCCCUGUGGGGUCCUGAAGAAUCCCAGCCCCAUGCAUCGCCUGAUUCUGAACGGGCAGAAGCUAGACGACCAAAUGCACUUGGAGCCCAGGCCCUCGGGCCACGAGGGUGGGGAGGCCAGGUCCCGCCUGCAGCCGCUGCUCUGCCCCGCCGGCUCGCCUGACGAGCGCCCCCCGCACGCGUCCUCGCACAUCCCCGUCCCACGGAACAGGAACCCCUCUGGUCAUGCUGAUAAGGAGGUGAUGGCUGCCACCGUCCUCACCAGUCUGUCCACCAGUCCCCUGGUGCUCAACCCCUCCUCAGCAGCCCCAGCUGCAGUACCGGAGAUGUCCAGCAGGGGGUGGAAGGAGAGCCUGUCGGCGAGCUACAGCAGCUCCACCAGCGGCAACUGGAGCUGGGACGCCAGCGACCAGUCGGUGCCCUCCACGCCCUCGCCACCUCUCUCCAACGACGCCGGCAAGGGCUUCCUGCUGUCCGCCCAGGGCGACGACGCCGCCGAAGAACACGACAGCCCGCACUUCAUGUUCGAGGACCCCAUCCCCCGGAAACGCAAGAAUUCCAUGAAGGUGAUGUUCAAGUGUUUGUGGAAGAACUGUGAAAAGGUCCUCAGCACGUCCUCAGGGAUCCAAAGGCACAUUCGCACUGUCCACCUGGGGCGGAACAGUGACUCAGACUACAGUGACGGCGAGGAGGACUUCUACUACACAGAGAUCGAGGUGAACAUGGACACCCUGUCGGAGGGGCUGUCCAGCCUGACGCCCACGUCCCCCACCACGGCCGGCCCUCCCCCCAUCUUCCCCCCGCCACUGACCUCCGACCCCCCGCUACUGCCGCGCUGCGACUCUGCCCAGCACCACCAGGCCUUCCACACACCCCUCAGCCAAUCGGCUCCCUCCGCACUCUGCCACAUCCGCACUGACCACGCCUAUCAGGCCACUACCCCUGUCAACAUUCCCAUGUCUUCCAAGACGAUUGAGAGCGAGAAUGGGAUCAGUGUGUCCUGGCAAUCUCCCACUGUCAUUUUUAAAGGCUUACCGGGCCCGAUGAGUCACAUCCGCACUGUCAGCAUCGGAGAGAAGAGGCAGCUGACCGCCGCUCACACCACCCUCAACAACAACAAGGCCCACACCACCACCACCCCCGCCCCCAAACCGGCCUCUGGCACCAGCCAGUUGUCGUCCCGUGGUCCAAUCAGGUAUCCUCCUGCUCACUCAUGGUUCUUGACAACCCACCCCAGGAAGCCCCGCGGCGAGGCCAAGAAGUGCCGCAAGGUGUACGGCAUGGAGAAGAGAGACCUGUGGUGCACAGCCUGCCGCUGGAAGAAAGCCUGCCAGCGCUUCAUCGACUGAGCCCCGGGAAGAGACGCCACCCCCGAUGCGAGAGCUGGAGCCUGAGCCUGACCGAUGCCUCUGCAGUCCAAUCCGGUCCAGCCCAGUCCCAGUCCCUGGGUCCGGUUCUGGUUUCCCCCUCUCUGCAGCCUUUCCCCUUCAGCAGGGGCUGGACACACUGCUGAGGUGAGGGCCCCAACUCUGGGACUGACUACUUUUUUUUUUUUUUUUCCUCCACACCAUGAGAGGGAGCUCCUGCGCUCCAAACACCCUCAACCAGCGGAACACUGAAAAAAUGAAUUUUAUCUACUUCAUAAUGAAAACAUACACAAAAAGAAAUGCUCAAAAAUGUUUUCUUUUUUUAAAAAGAGUUUUUUGACAAAACAAAGAACUGGCGUAUUUUGCAUUAUUGAUAGUGUUGUUGGUGGACUUAAGCUGAAUUUGUUUUUAUUUCACCUUUCGAAAAGGAAUUGAAAAGAAACAGCAAAGGAUGAAAUAUGUAACACACAAACCCUGAUUCAGAAGUUUAAGAUACUUGUUUAUUGUUUUUUUUCUAUGACAUUUGUUUUGGUCUGUUUUCCUUUGAAGACAGAGGUUGAAGAUUUCCAAUUGACUUUUUUAUCAUUCUUUUGUGUAGCAUUCUAUAAACAUGGCAGUCUUUACUGGUCAGAAAAAAAACAAGUAAGCUAUGUUUUUGUUAUUGGACUAUUCAUGCAUUGAUCUCUGCAACCUUCAUUUGAUCUUUGCAAAGAUGACAAGAGUCCCUGAUUGGGCUGAGUCUGGCACAGUUAUGGUCCUGGUCUAAUGCUGACCCGAUCCAAAUCUGGCCCAGAAUCGGCAUCUUCCGGAGGAUUCCUCCUGAUCAGCUGCACUAACUGUCACCAUUUUUUAUCAUGGACUCCCAGGAGAACCAAAGCCAAACCGGUGAUCUUUGUCUAGUGCACACACACACACACACACACACACACACACACACGUGCGCGCGCGCACACACACACACAUAGUGUCAGCAGGAGGCUUUCUUAAAAUCCAUUGCAGUUUGCCGGGAAGCAAAUAAGAUAUGGUCGUCAUUAUCAGAUUGCUUAAACAUAACCAGGAAAUAAACAUGCUCAUUACAAUCAGAAGCACGAAAUGUAAUCUUACAUGUUGAAAUAGAUGCACACACACACACACACACACACACAAAUAUAUAUAGAGUUCAUAUAUAUAAGGAUGUAUUUUUCUUGUUUGUCUAUGUACCUCUUUACCAAUAUGCACCUUGUUUUAGACAGAUAGGUAGAGCUCCGUGAGUCGGACAGUCUUGAGAUGUCCUCUUUAGCUGUAACUACAAUGGAUUUUGCAGCAGGCCCAGGAGUUUCACAUGCAGGAUAAUGUCCUUUUUGAGAUGAUUAUAUAAAGACACUUUUAGCAUAGACCAAUGUCUGCUCACUUUGAUUCCUCUUUUUCUCUGCUUUUUUUUGGAUUUUUUCUCUCUCCCGUUUCUGAUAUUUUUAGGUGUAGUUGGUGUAGUUUUGUAUUAAGAAAAAAACAAAAACAAAUCUAUCAAUCUACAGUAUUACUACAGUCAAUUAUGCUUCAGCAUCUCAUUGCAGAUAGAACCAUGAUUAGCAAACAUCUCCCUUAUAGGAUGCACGCCAGAGCAGGUGUAGAUUCCAGACAGAUGCUCUCUGGCUAUUUGGGUGUUGUCUUCUUAAGAAAGCUAUUAGAAGAACUGCAGACUAGAGUUUCCAAUGUCCCCUUUUGGAUAGACAAACUACAGUACAUCCCUAUCAAAGCACAGGGGCUCGAGAUUAAGGUGAAGGCGAAGAAUUCAAACUGAACUCUAGAUGAGCACACAGUGAAACACUGGGAGCAUAAAAUGAAGUGAGCAGACACAUGUUUUUUGGAACCUCCUAUUUGAUAUAGUCACAUAGUUGCCAAACGCAUUUUCAUGAGAAUUAAACUGUUCAUUAAUCACCCUAUCCUGUGAAGGGAUUAUUUGCUUCCCGUAAAACGCUUCCUCUGUUUUGAACCAUUCACACUCACACUUUAUUUUGUUCAUUUCAACAAAAGCAUUAGAAGAUAAACCAAGAGUUCAUUUUAUUUGGAACGACAGAUCACUGUUCCCUUAAAUACUGUCUUGAUUGUAGACACCUCUUUGAAUGUAGUUUCUGCUGUAUGUUGGCCUCUACCAGUUCCUCUCUCUCCUCCCUCUCCUCCCUCUCGGUCUCUCUUGUCCGCUAUGCUUUCCCUCUGAGUGAGUGCAGAUUUGAAUGACCGCCCAGGGCCAAGUUCCCCAAAACCGUAGUUGCUUGCUAAGUUAGCAACUUUAUUGGUUGCAAUGCAAUUUCCCAUUGCUAACCAACUAAGUUGCUAUGUUUUGGGAAAUGUGCCCCUGUAUGGUGACUCACACAAGACUGUUCACAGACUCACAUACUCAAUAGCAAGGGUCAUCUCACUCGCUCUCCAGCCUGUACAGUGCUAUGGAACUCCUCGCUGGUAUAGACACACACCUCUUAUGAGCUGUAUCAUGGGCAACUAUACAACCUACAGGAAGAGAACUAACUAGCCUAAAUCCAGCCCAGACAUCCAAGAGCUUUCAUUUUACUAUAGUAUCAAAAUAAAACAAGUUUGCAUUCAAAGGCCAUUUAUAACUUCUGUAUUAGUGAUUUGCCAAACUCAUAAGCCCGAAGCACCUCUUUUAAAGAUGCACUCCAGCCUUUAAUUAACCACGGUAAUAUCGUUUUGGUUCCUAAAACAGACAUAUUCAUAACUGCUUUUUCAUGGCAAAAAUCCCUUUAUGGCCUUGAAACGGCUCUCUCUGCCUCAUCUCUGAUGUGGAGAGCUAAGAGUUCCGCCCCCCGAUGCAUGCAACUCUGCCUGGUUGCCAAAUUGGUUGUGACAAUGUGCUGAAAUAGCUACCAAUGCUGUGCUGUGGGAAGGUAGUUAACUCUGGCACAAGAGCUCGCUUAUCUCGGAAAGCUACAUGUGCAGAUGUGUCCUCAGGAAAACUGUUUUUCCAGGAAUGAUUUGGACACUUCCAUCUCGCAGGUCAGGUCAGGUCAGGAGUCCUUAUUCUGAAAUAUCCACUAGUGCACUGCCCAUCUGAACCAGGACGACUCAACUAUAUGGUGUUUACUAUGUCCAGUUACACACAACAAACCCUUAAUGGACAUGUUACAAAGGUUCACAAGUAGACUGUGGACGGAGUGGGUCUUUAAAAGUGCAUAGCUAUUUUAAAAUGAAAGCGUGUGUGGACUACAAUAAUGGUAAAACUGUAAAGGCAUGCUAAAUAAAUACGGUUCCCUAAUAUGACUGCAUACCUUGCACAAAUUGUGUAAUUGUCUCAGUCCUCAAAGGGCUACUGUGUCUGCAAAGCUUUUGUGUACACUAUGAAACAGUCAUUGGUGUAUUGGUAUACAUGUUCAGGGCCCCCUAAAUUGUCAAAAACUGCAUGGGAAAAAUGUCCCAAGCAAGGUGUGAGCAUGCACAGAAUACACUGGAAUAAUGCCAACAGUUAUCCUUCAGAUAUAUAGCAUCGCUGUCUAGGUCCAGCAGCAUUGAAUUAUUUUUGUUUUUCAAAGCCCAGUGUCUGUACUGGUCAGCUGGUGGCCAUUGGUGCGGUUCUCUUCCUUGUCUGGGUCGGUGCUGACCCACUGCUCAGAGAGCUUAGUGUCUGUACUGGACAGAGUGAGGCUCUUUUCAAGGUCGUACAGAAAAAAAAAUUAAAUGUUCACUUCAAGUGCCAAUGAGAAGAACAUCAAGAGGGAAAAAGAAAAAAAAGAUACAUACAUAUAACACAUGAAAUCGAAUUGCACUAACUUGUACUGCACAAAGACGUGUAUUUUUUUUUUUUAAUAAUCAGAGCAUUUUUUGUUUGUUUUUGAAGUUGAGAGUUGAGUUUAUGGUCACAACUGCCAUGGUGUGCCAGAAAGGAGGGCAAGGGCCUGGGAUUUCCCUCAACCCCUGCUAAACUAUAAGCUGUGUGUGUGGGUGGUACUUUACGCCAUUGAGCAGUCGUGACUCCUUUGUGUGCUCUAUUCAGCAUAGAUAAGCAGUCUGAGUGUAAAACCUGUAGUGGCCGUUUGGUUGGUGUCCAGGCUGCCGGUAUCCUGAGGUUGUGUCACUGUCCUGCUCAGUAGUAAAGUUGUGGAUCAUGAUAUAGAAAGAGAGAUUAGGAUUUUUUGAACACAGACAUACACAGGCACACAGACACAGAAACACACAGACACACAGACACAGACACAGACACACACACACACGCACACAGACACAGACACACACACACACACACACACACACACACACACACACACACACACACACACACACACACACACACACACACACACACACACACACACACACACACACACACACACACACACACUCUAUCUAUUACUUAGAUACUGUGCCUUUGGGAGAUACUGCCCUGGUCACCUUUGCCUUAGCUUGCCAUAAAAGCAGUCAUACUUAGCUUAGCAGUUUUCUUUAAUUUUGCUAGUGCAGAGAGAAAAUCUUCUGGAAGGACCAGCCAUUGGUGAAACAUUCUAGAGCCUGAGAUCAGCCAUUGGUGAAACAUUCUAGAGCCUGAGAUCAGCCCAUGGUGAAACAUUCUGGAGCCUGAGAUCUUUAAUUCAAAGUUGAAUUGUUGUCUUGAAAUGGCUCCUACUUUCGUGCCAACUGGUCCUAUUGAUGUUUUAUGAAAAAAAUGUACAACACCUAAUUAAAGUUGGUGUAUAUUGCUAUCUUAAAGAUUUUAUGUUGUGUCCUUGUUUGGUAUUUUUAGCUCUGAAUUAUUGUGUGAGGAGGAGGUCAGAAGUUUUUUAUAUGCAGUGUCCUAGCUAAUCAUCUUUGUGGCAGAUAGGGACUGAAUUUGUUUCAAUCCCAUUUUUUCCCACAAAAAAAAUCAUUGAGGUCACAGAUUUCGAAAGUCUGGGCUAUUCAUGAUAAUAAUCUAAAAACUUGAGGCGUGAGAGAAGACAGAUGUCAAUCUAAUAAUAAUUCUCUCUCAAUGCACAUUUUCAUUGUAAGAAAGGUAGGAACAGAUGUUAUUAGAGUGGGCUGGGAAUAGCGUGCAUAAAUCAGUGACAGACCAGAAUUCUAUCCUACAUCCCCAAACUAAAGCCAGUCAGAUUCUUACUGGCCCACCACUGGCCAAUCUAAGAAGCUCACUGCUGUGUCUAUUUGGUCAAUGUGUGUCCAUACCCUCAACCAUCUUUUGAGAAGCAGAGCUUAUUAUCCAGUCUUAUGUUUUGAAUUGCACUAAAAGAAAUCAAACAUACUUCAGUAUGACAAAAAAAAUGGGAACAGGUCAUAUUUUUAAGUUCACUGGUUCUUGUCUGACAGAGAGAGACUCCUGUCAGAAUGAGUUGUCAGGCAGUGACACAUCUCUAUGGAUACCGUGCAUCAAUGUCAGGGCUUUCCUGGACACUAUACAAAGGAAACCAUUGAGAGCUGUUUCAGUUUCAUUUUUGUCAUAAUUUUGUAAUAUUAUGAUAUGGAAACAUUUUUGUUUUGAUGAGAUACAAUUGUUGAAUUUUUUAAUGAUUGAAAAGCUAUAGUUGAAGAAACAUGUAAAUAUUUGUUGUAUAUUGUGGGUUACAUGGCAAUGGGGAGAUUAAAGAAAAAAAAAACAACACAAACAUUGAAUGUAAAAUCUACAAAAAGAUAUGCCUGUCCUCUGUUUUGUUUCUUUUGUAUAAUUCUUGCCUCACCUAUGGUGAUCACCUUAUCCUUUUUUUGACUUUCCUCUCUACUGUUAAACUAUCAGCAGUUUUAACCAACAGCAGUGUUGUUUCAUUUCUCUCAGUGAAGUGACACACUUCCAAUGUACUCCAGAAUUAACUCAAGACUUUUUUUCUUUCACUUUGUCUUUCUCUCCUUUUCUCCUCUGCUCCAAAUAUUGAUUUCAGUUCAAAUUAAAGUUUUGUUUUGUGUGUGUGUGUGUGUGUGUGUGUGUGUGUGUGUGUGUGUGUGUGUGUGUGUGUGUGUGUGUGUGUGUGUGUGUGUGUGUGUGUGUGUGUGUGUGUGUGUGUAUGUGUGUGAUGGCAUAAAUGGAGCCUGCCCUGUUGUCAGGCUUUUUAAGAUUUAUUUUGCUUGUUCUCUUUUUUGAGGUUUUCAUUUGAUUGUUUUUAGGCGAGAGAAAUUGUUGUGUACUACACAUUCCGAUCUGCAACAAUGCCAUUGUCCCCUUUUAUGUUGUGUCUUCUGUCAAUGUCUUGGUUUAGGUGUGUGUGUGUGUGUGUGUGUGUGUGUGUGUGUGUGUGUGUGUGUGUGUGUGUGUGUGUGUGUGUGUGUCUCCUGCCCAUGUUUUGGGUUAUACUGUGUGUGUGUCUCUGCUCCCUUCCACUGUGUCACUAUCCAUGACCUUACCCAGUGCAUUAAGCUAAAGACCCAAGAAAUGUGUAGAAAUGUGUAUGUGUAUUUCUUUCUCUCUCUUUUCUUACUUUCUUUCUUUCUUUCUUUUUGCUGGUAGCUCAACAGAGCAAAAAUGUUUUGAACGCUUCCAGUGACUCUUUGAUCAACUCUGUGAUCAAAAAACCUUAACCUGCUCUCAUUCUGGAAAGGUUUUUUUUGUCCUGUUUUGAUAGUUCCUGGCUUUUUUUUUUUUUUUAAUCACAUCUGCUUUAACUGAUUUUGUUUUCCCGAGAUGUUUUUUUUUUCUUAUUAUUUUGCAUGUCCACUUCUGUACUGUGUUGCCUGAGGGGAACCUUGUUUGUGAAAUGAGAGCGUUCACUGUAGUGUGCAAGGACAAGGUGGGAGGGUGGAGCGAUGGACGUUUGAGCGUGUGUUUGCGAUUGCAGUUAUGUAAUGUUCUGAUGCCUACAAUGUGACGAGAGAUGAUGACAAUAAAUGUGGAUCACACAG